AUGCUCUUCGUUGCACUCUUGCGCCUGGCAUUCGUCGCCAUUGUGGGCUGCAUGGACCCCGGCGCCGGCCCUUCGUCCCAGGAAGAGUGGCUCAUACUGAGCGGCGAAGGCUGCAAGACCAAAAUUUAUUCAGACCUUGAAGACGCCGCGCGCCAGGUCGUUUUCCGCUGCGACUACAUGUCGUGCAGCCAGCAGAAGAUCUUUGGGUUUCUGGGCGACACGGCGAAGCAGCUUUUUCGAAACGAAGUCGAGAACAUGCUGAACUCCGAUGGGGAAUCGUAUCGAGCACAGAACGAGCACGAGCACGAGCACGAGCACACUUGGGAAAAUUUCGACUGGGACGAUGGCCCCAGCCGAGGCUUCGGACUCGUCCUCAGGUGCUGUGUGAAAGCGCACAGCAGAGCCUCGAUGGCACCCAGCACCAGCACAGGAGUCGGCGAGCCACUGUACGCCAUCACAAUCGGACAAAAUACGCUUUUGGGUCUCGCCUUUGACGACCUGCUUGCACAUGCUUUGAGCGUAUUGGACACCAACCAAAUUGCCGAAAUCGAGUGUCCAAAGAACGAUGCUGGAGCAGUGUCCGAAGCGUUUUCCAAUAAAAGGCUCUGGCGCUUCGAACUGAGGGGCGACUCCGCCCUGCACAUCAUGUCCAGUGGCCCGAGCUAUAAGAUCUUGGUGACAGGUGGAAGUUACAAGCCGCUUGAGUCUUGGCAGGAUCUGCUGGAAGCGAUCGACGAAAGCGUCCAAGAGCAUGGGUUGGCCAUUAAGCUACACGUCAUCUGCCUGCGAGGAGAUAAUGCAAGAGUGACCGCCUACUUCAUCAACAAUGGCUGGCACGUAAGGCCAAUCAUUAACAAACAAAAGACGCAGGCCCUCACCCUCUCCAUACCAAACCCGCACGAGGAUCAGCAGCUAGUCAAGAGGCGGGACCCAGAUUACAACUGCAAGGCCGAAAACGGCGAGCCACCGCUCAGAACCUCUAAGAUGCCCGAAGUCUUGGUCUGGACCCUUAAGCUAUACGAAUUCGACGUGAUGGAAGGCAACGUGGAUUGCCAUAAGGGAAACGCAAACACUUUGGCUGAACGAAUACAGGAUCAGGGAUUAUGGAACACCAAAGAAGUGAACGAUUACGAGAUCCAUCUCAAAAGACAGCAAAAAUUGCCCCAUUACCUCGUCUCAAGCGGCACAAAGAUGUUGCAUCAGGGCAGCUGUUACGAUGAUGUCGUAGACUUCUUGGAAGGGAGGAUCCACGAAGCCGUCGGACUUCUACAUCUCUACGUCUUUUGUCCCCCUGGACAGCAGGAGACGCUGCGAUCGGCGAUCCAGAAAGCCGUGGAGCAGAGUCGCCUCAAAAUCACUAUCGAAGUAAUGGGCGCUGCAUCGCGCUCCAGACACGACCACGAAGCAGGCACCAGCCAAUCAAUCGAGCAAGACGAGCCAAUCGACAAGGACUGGCUUCGACUGGGCCCGCCCUAA